UGGUGGUGGUGGUGGUGGUGGAAAAUAGAAAACGGAUGGUAUACUAUUCAAGAGUCGUGCGUUCACCCCGCGUCGCGACGACAGGGCGUCGUUCGUACACAAAAUUAAAAAUCAAAUAAGAAAAUCGGUCUUCUUUCAUAUUUCUAAAUGCAUUAAAUUCAUUGUCAAAUUUUCAUACUUCCUCAUUGUAAAUUUCCAUUGUCAUUUUUCAGUGGCACUAAUUUUUCUAAUCGAAAAUUUUAUAAAGUUUCUUUUUUUUUUAAAUAACCUUUUCUCUCUUAUUUAUACGCGGACAUUUAUUACUGUGCUGAAAUUUUUUUUUUUUUUUUUUGCACUAUUAAUAAUUGAUAUAAAUAUAUUCUUUAAUUUGAUAUAAUUAAAAAUAGCCGAUAUUUAAAAAAAUCGAAACACAGAAAAAUUUACCAGACAGAUUUAUUAAUAAAAAAAAUUUAUUAUUAAUACCAAUAAGUGAUUUCAAUCUUUUACUUCGCCUAAAGGAAUAUUGCAUAUCGAGAGACUUUUUUUUGUAAAUUAUGAGGAAAUAUUGAAAAAUAAUUUCAAGUUUUUAUUAGAAAAUAAUAUGUAUAAUCUGUGUGUGUGUUAAUAGUAUGUUAAUGAAUUAAUAAUUAUUUGUGCGGGUAUGAUUCGAAGAAGAUUAUUUGAGAAAUCUAUGUAUUUAAUAAUUGGAGGUCAAGAAACCAAGGAAAAAGAAAACAGAAAUAACAAAUUGUUCGUCUUGGAUGUGUCCUAAAUGAAUUAUAUUGUCAAUGCUUACUAAGAUUGAUUUACUAAGAAAUGAUACAAAUAAUUGAAAUUAUUAUUUAAUAAAAGUUUUUGUGAAAGUCAAUUAAGAAAUAAAAAUAAACAUAAAAAUUAAGAAUUUUCUAAAGUUCUACAAUUUAUGUUUAAAGAAGCAUGACUGAGAAAAUAUAGUGAAAAAGCUUCAGAAAUAUUGUAAAUCAAAUUAAAAUAUCAUAAUAAUUAUGACCAAGUCAUAAUUUUUUUUUAUAUUUACAAUAAAAAAAAUUUUUGUAAAUAUAUUUGUGAAGAAAAGACUGUACUUAACAAGCGACAUUGAAUUGAAAUAAUAAUUAUCAAAUCAAAUUUUAAAAAUCAAAUAAAAAAAAAAAAAAAAAAUGGCGAACACACAGGAAAAGUCAAAUUCUAAUAAAGGAUUAUUACGCAACAAUGAAAGUACAUCAUCAGAAAUAGAGCAACCGGAUUUUUCAAAUGGAUUUGAAAAUCGAAUUGUCGAUUUCGAUUACCGUUCACAGGACAGAAAUAUAAAUGUCUGUUCACAUUUUAUUCCCACCCAGGAUAAUAAAUAUGCAACAUUGACUGAUUCAUUAAAAAGUGUAAUUCAUAGAAAUAGUCCAAAAUUAUCACUUAAUCAAACGGACGAUGCUCAUUCAUCCGUUGAAAAAUUAUCACAACAAUUUACCGAUCAUUCAUCACAGCAAGAUAAUACACAAAAUGUACCAUUAUUACAAACACAACAAUUACAUUUUAUUCCCGAGGCAAAAGAAGAAUUUAGUAAUUUUUCAAAUAUUCGUAGUCAAUUUGAAAUACGUUCACAAAUGUUUCAACCACAACAGAAACCACAUUUUGAAAGAGCAUGUUAUGUUACGUCAACUGAAAAAAUAAAUAACAUUUAUCGUAAUGAAAAUCCUCAUUAUGUUAAUCAAAAAUUAUCACCACAAUCAACAAGUCCAAAGCCACCUUAUUAUUCAUCGGGUGUAAUUCCACCGCCAUUAGAACAAAGAUUUGUAAGACAACCACAAUAUUCAUAUAAUUCAUGUCCCGAGACAGUGGUCAAUGCUUAUAUUAAAGAACAGACAAUAAUUAAUCCCUAUAAUGUUGAUAUUUAUUCAACACAAAAUCCAGCGAAACAUCAACGUUUUCUUCAAGAUUUAACACAAUAUCAAAUGCAACAUGUCGCCGCUGCUCAAGCAACAAACCAAAAUCAUCAAUUAAUUACAACAAAGGACAAAACUUCACGACGUGGUCCAAAACCAAUGGUACCGCCAAGGGGAAAUUCAAAAAUAACAUACGACGCUGGUAAUAAAACACAAAUCAUUAACAAUACACAACAUUAUCAACAAGGACCAAGUAAUUUUUCCGAAAAAAAUAAUACACUAACAUCAUCUGCAUCACAAUCGACAAUUAUUGAUGCAGACAAUAAAUUUAUUCAAAGAACAAGACAAGAUGGAUUAUUAGAGGAUUUAAGAAGUCAUUUACAAAAAGAAAAUACUGAACCAGUUUAUGUAUCGAAAUUAGAAAAUCGAAAAUCAAUUGACGUUGCCAUAAGUCAAAAAAAUAAUUUCACUGAUCCAAAUUCUGAAUUACAUAAAUUCGAUCGUAAAACAACAAUUGAUAUUAAAAAUGAUCUAAAUCCACUAUUUUCCACUGAAGGAAAAAAUAAUUUAGAAUCAAUAAAACACGAUGGAUCCACAAAUAGAUUGGAGGAUAUUAGAAAAUCUCCAAUGCUUUUUGUACCAAUUCGCGAAACACUAUUGGAACGUGGUAAUCAAAAAAGUCCCUCAUUUCAAGAUCAACAAUUUGAAAAAACAAGACAGGAGCUAAGCGCUUGGGCCGAGCAACGACAACGUCAGGAUGAAAGAGGAAUUCAAUAUUUUGGUACACGAACAAGAAAUGAAGAUGAGAAAUUAAAUCAUCGUAAGGAGAUGAGAAUAUUACCGCCAAUUCAUCCAGUACCUGAUAUCAGUCAAAAUGUUCUACUCGAACAACGUCGACAUUUACGUCACGUUAGCGCCGAUCUCACCAAGCACAUUGAAUUUACAAAUAAAGAAUUUGAUCAUUCAAUUAGUGGAUCAGUGUCAAAUUUAGUGCCUACAACUAAUGUUGUCUGGGUUCAAAAAUCAAACCCACUUUAUAAUCAAUAUCCAGCUCACAGUGAAACAAAAAUCGAUUCUGAUAUUGAUAAAACUGAAAAACCAUUUCAUCAAAUCGAUCACAUUAUUCACAGUCAUCGAAAAAGUCAUCUCUCAUCAAAUUUAUCCACCUAUGGUAAUAAAAAUCAAUCCGAUAAAGAUUCUGAAAUAGAGACCACCAGUGAUUUACAUCAAAAACAAUUUCAACAACAUCAAAGUUUAGAUUAUCUUUCAAAUAAAUUGAAACAAUGUGAAAUUCAACAAAGUGAUCUACAUGCCAAACUUCAAUGUUUACAAAAUCAAAAUCAAUUUUUAGAUAAAGUUGCACAAUUUCAGAAUCGUGAUAUACAUACACAAUUUUAUUUGAUAAAAAAUAAAAUCCAAGAAAAUUAUCCCGAUCAUUUGACGAAAAUUCAAGGUACUGAAGAAGAAUUUUUAUAUCAACAACAAAAGGGUUUGAUGAAUCAAAAUCUCCUCCCAUCGGCAUAUUCAUUGACUUCACAGAAUCCUUAUGAUAGACUAUCGCCAAGAUUACAACAACAACAACAACAACAACAACAAAAGGAAAUUGAUGAUUCUUUUUCUUCUAUUGAAAAUACAAUUCUUUAUCCAAGUCAAUCACAAAUUGAUGUCAAUUAUUCAUCACGUCGUUCUUUUAAUCAACUUAAUCGAUUGCAAGAUCCAAUAAAUAAAGUGGCAAAUUUGCAAUAUCCUUCUGUGAUGAUGCCAACGGGCAAUAUUCAUAUUACUGGAACAUUAAAGAAAAUACCACCUGAGAAACCACCUAGGACAUCUCUUAUUAUGCAAAAUCCAGAAAUUGAGUCACAAAAUCCUAUCGAAAAUGCAGAGGCGAAAGAAGCAACUGGAAAUGGUGCUGAAAUGUAUUUGAAUCCAAAUCCAGGAAUUAUCAGUGGUGGUAAUUCUAAUCUUCAUGUUGUUCGAGAGAAUGAUGACAUAGAUAAGGAACAUGCGUUAGUGUAUCGUGAUGGAAAUCUUGUAUCAGGAUCUUUGGAAGCCCUUAUACAACACAUGGUACCAACGGCAGAAUAUUAUCCUGAUCAAGCAUAUCUCUUCUCUUUUCUAUUAAGUGCACGACUUUUUAUCAAACCUCACGAAUUAUUGGGUGAAGUUUGUGCUCUUUGUGAAAGCCAACAAAAUUUAAGUGGAGAAAAUGGAAAGGAAAAGGUAUUACGUUUUGUACAUCAUUUGGUACAAUUACUUGCUGAGUGGACUGGAAUAUUUCCCUACGAUUUUCGAGAUGAGAGAAUGAUGAGUCAUGUUAAAUCUAUAACACAAAAAAUAGCUGCUGUUGACGCUGGUAUUAGACAGGAGGUCUCAAAUUUUCUUCAAAAUUUACUAUUAAGACUUACGGCACUUGAAAGAUAUGAGGAAGGUCUUGCGAGAUUAGCCAAGGAGCCUUCUACCGAACAACUUACCCAGAUUGAUUUACUUGAACUAUGUCCAUCUGCUACAAUUUUGGCUCAACAAUUAACUCACGUUGAACUCGAGAGGCUUUCUUAUAUUGGUCCCGAAGAAUUUGUUCAAGCUUUUGCCAAGGAAUUACCCCAUUUAGAAACAUCUUUUAAAGAAAUGAAAAAAACUCGAAACUUGGAAUCUUAUGCACAAUGGUUCAAUAGAUUAAGUUACUUUGUAGCCACAGAAGUAUCCAAGCACAUCAAAAAGAAACAACGAGUCCGCGUGGUUGAAUAUUGGAUUGAAACUGCUCGAGAAUGCUUUAACUUUGGUAACUUUAAUUCAUUGAUGGCAAUAAUAGCUGGAUUAAAUAUGUCACCAAUUACGCGACUAAAGAAAACGUGGGCAAAAGUGCAAACGUCUAAAUUUGCAAUUUUGGAACAUCAAAUGGACCCUAGUAGCAAUUUUAGUAGCUAUCGAAGUACUCUAAAAGCGGCAAUGUGGCGUAGCGCAGGCGCUACAGAUGAACAACAAAGGAUAGUUAUACCAUUUUUCAGUCUAUUGGUUAAAGAUCUAUACUUUUUGAACGAAGGCUGCAGUAACAAACUUCCCAAUGGACACAUCAAUUUUGAAAAAUUCUGGCAAUUAGCAAAACAAGUUACUGAAUUUUUAACAUGGAAACAGGUGGUUUGUCCUUUUGAGAAAGAUUCUCGUGUCAUUGCUUUCUUACAAGCCAGUCCUAUUUUGACCGAGAAUGCAUUGUCAUUGGCGUCAUUUGAAUGUGAACCACCUGACACUAAUCACGAAAAAGAACGUUACAAAACUUUAAAAGCCGAACACAGUAUGUAGAGAACAUUAUUACUAAUGUUGUUUACCAACUUUAAAAGUAUGAAGAGUUAUAUAUUAUAUAUAAAUAUAUGGGAAUAGUUAUCCUUUCAAAGAAAAUUAUUAUUUCAAAUGACCAAAAAAAAAACGGUCUUUAGAAAAAAAAUGUGAAGCACAAUAGUGCUAACGAUGACGCACCAAAGAAGACAUUAAUAUAUAAGUAUUAGUGAAUAUUACUUAAUUUAUAUAUAGAGAUUUGAUAGUCAUUAAAAGUCGAUGAUGAUAAAUUUAGAUUAUUUUGAUUUGUUUGACUGUACUUAAAAAAAAAACAAAGUAAAGGAACCAGUUUUCGUACAGAUUAUUUAAAUAAAAACAGACUUUUUUCAUAUAUAUUUAUGUAUUAAAUUUUUAUAUUUCAUAUACUUAUAUUAUAAAUUAUAAAUUAAAAGUUUACUAAAUUACUAUAAAUAUAUAGGUAACAAAUUAUACACUAAAAAAAAAAGAAAAAAACUGUCACGCUCAGUACCUACUGGUUCUUUUACUUUUUAAAAGCCAAUAAAAUCUGACUAAAGAAAAAAUCCUAAAUAAUAUUUACUCAAUUUUUUACUUGAAAUAUUGUAAAUUCCCGUUA